CCGGCUCUUAAGGGAACGUGUCCCUGGGUGGUGGUGAGGCUGAGUCUGCCCGGCCGGAAGUGCGGACUGCGUUGGGGACUGGAGGCAAUGGAGCAGGCCGAGGCGCACAACGGUAGCGGGGCCGGGGAAGCCCCCUCGGCCGGGGCGCGGCCCCCUGCCACCCCCGAGGGCAUGGCGCUGGCCUACGGCAGCCUGGUGCUCAUGGCCCUCCUGCCCAUCUUCUUCGGGGCGCUGCGCUCCGUCACUUGCGCGAAAGGGAAGAAUGCUUCAGAUAUGCCAGAAACCAUUACUAGUCGAGAUGCUGCCCGCUUUCCUAUCGUUGCUAGCUGCACCCUCUUAGGCCUCUAUCUCUUCUUCAAAAUAUUUUCUCAAGAAUACAUCAACCUAUUGCUCUCCAUGUACUUCUUUGUCCUUGGUAUCCUUGCCCUCUCCCACACCAUCAGCCCUGUGAUGAACAAAUUAUUCCCAGCCAAUUUUCCCAACAAACAGUACCAGCUCCUCUUCACUCAGGGCUCUGGGGAAACUAAGGAAGAAGCUGCUAGCGGUGAAAACAGCCUGGUGGCUUUUGUUGCAGAGAUCGUGAACUACGAAUUCGACACCAAGGACCUUGUGUGCCUGGCCAUGAGCAGCGUUGUUGGCAUCUGGUACCUGUUGAGGAAGCACUGGAUUGCCAACAACCUCUUUGGACUGGCCUUCUCUCUCAACGGGGUGGAGCUGCUGCACUUGAACAACGUCAGCACUGGCUGCAUCCUGCUCGGGGGCCUCUUCGUCUACGACGUCUUCUGGGUCUUUGGCACCAACGUUAUGGUGACUGUUGCAAAGUCAUUCGAGGCACCCAUCAAACUGGUUUUCCCCCAAGAUCUGCUAGAGAAAGGCUUGGAGGCCGACAACUUUGCCAUGCUGGGCCUGGGCGACAUUGUCAUCCCAGGGAUCUUCAUUGCUCUGCUGUUGCGCUUUGACAUCAGCCUCAAGAAGAACACGCACACGUACUUCUACGCCAGUUUUGUGGCUUACAUCUUUGGGCUGGGCCUCACCAUCUUCAUCAUGCACAUCUUCAAACAUGCCCAGCCGGCUCUGCUGUACCUGGUCCCGGCCUGCAUUGGCUUUCCUCUCCUGGUGGCUCUGGUGAAGGGAGAAGUGACGGAGAUGUUCAGCUACGAGGAGAAUUCUGCCCCCAAGGAGCUGCUAGAGGAUGCCAAAGAAGGGAAGACAGUGAUGGGGAAAAAGGACCAGUGAGGUUGGGGCGCUCAGCCGGGCUGGGGUUUGUCUGCUUUCCACCACCCCCUCCCCAUCGCAAGUGAACUUUCAUGUUUUAAAAAAGGCAAACUGGAUCGUGUACCGGGCAUGUGUAUUUGUACCUGUGCAUUUGUCUGAAGGCGGGUGGGGUGGGGUGGGGUGGAGGGGUGGGAGGCAGGGGGUGCGUCUUGACCGUACAUCUGCCUGCCUACCUGAAGUUCCUCCUGUUUCCCUGGGGAGGGGGAGGAGGAGGAGGAUGGGGGCAAGGCAGUUCCACCCUCUCCUCACCAGCCUUUUGACAGCUGCUCCCCUUAUUUUAUUCACUGUCUUGAAGAAAAUGGGGGGUUGGGAGACUCGGAGCUGAUUUUUAAAUUUUGUAUUGUGGAUUUGCUGCUUCUCAUAUUUUAAAAAAAAUAAACAAGGAAAAAAAGCAAAUAUUGAAGGCCAA